CCCAUUGCUGGCCUCUACUGCUGUCAGUCACUGACUAUGCCUGGACUUUGCGAUUGUCACUGACCACCAUGGCUGGACCUUGCUGCUGCCAGAAUCCCGGAUCCCCACCCUACUGCUGCAAGCCCGAGCGUUUCCGAGUCCCCAUCACCCUCAUCCUGCUCAUCCUUUACUUCUGCUACCUGCUGCUGGGGGCCACGGUCUUCUGGGCCCUGGAGAGCGAGGCCGAGCAUGACCUGGCCCUCAACUUCCAGCAGGAGAAGUGGGAGCUGCUGAGGAACCACACCUGUAUGGACAACAAGACCCUGGAGAUGUUCAUUUCGGGUAUUAUCAACGCAUACAAGAAUGGCAUCAAUUUAUUGGGGAAUGACAGCGGUCAGGAGACCUGGGACUUCAGCGGCUCCUUCUUCUUCUCAGUAACGGCCAUAACCACCAUCGGUUACGGGAAUCUGAGCCCCAGCACGGUCGGAGGUCGCAUCUUCUGCGUCUUCUUUGCGCUGUUUGGCAUUCCGCUGAACGUGAUCCUGCUGAACCGUAUCGGACAGAAGAUGCUCUACCUGGUCCAGAGAUAUUCCAACUUCCUGGGGACAAAGAUCCAACGCAAGAAAAUGGUGAAGCUCUUCUCCAGCUCUUGUGCGUUGUUUGCUGGUCUUCUCCUCUUCUUCCUGCUCCCCCCUAUUCUCUUCCAGUGGAUGGAAGGCUGGACAUACGAGGAGGGGUUCUACUACUCCUUCAUCACACUCAGCACCAUAGGCUUUGGAGACUACGUCAUUGGAAGAGACCCCAACAAGCAAUACCCCAACUGGUACAAGAAUGUGGUGUCGCUGUGGAUCCUGUUUGGCUUGGCCUGGUUGGCUCUCAUCAUCAAUCUAUGUAUUAAUCUUCUGGAGAACUGUAGAAAAGUCGACCAUUGCUGCAAAGUAAGGCAAACCUAUCCAGUAGAUCAGGAACUUAUCGAGAUCGCCCAAAACGGACAAGUUGCUUCAAGACUGAAAGAGGCCGAGGACUCGCAAUCGUCCACCGCAAGUGACACUAAACCUGAAUCACCUGACUGACGGGGGGGAGGGGCUUAAUGACCUUGAUGUCAAAUGCGAACAAAUUUACGCUUGUGCUCAGAACGCUCGCCAAUGGUGGGCCAAAUCGCAGAGUCCCGAGUGAAGGGCAUCAAAGCGAGGAGAUGUGGCUUUGGGUCUAUCUGUGGUGUCCACUGAAAAAGGGUUGCCGGCUACGACUUCCAAGAACAAAAUACGCGGUGCCAUGAAAAAUGUAAAUACAGAACAGAAUUUAUACCAGUGCUUAACGUUGUUUUGUAAAAUAAAAUUUCU